CUGCUUGCUAAUGGGGGCGUGAGUUAUUCUUCAUAUGUGACCUGGUGUUCAGAGUUUAUCCAGUCCGUCUGCAGACGCAUCAACUCCAGUUUCAGGCACUUUGCUGGACUUCUGUGUCACUAUGGCCCAGUCUCUUCUCGACGCCAUGCCCGCAGCCUCCACAGGGACCGUGGUGGUCUCAGAUCACCUGAAUUUCUGGGGAGGGAAGCGAGUGAAACCCAGACAGGAGCUAAACGCAGAGCCCGUGUUUGAACCUGCGACUGGCCGAGUCCUGUGCCAGAUGUUUCCCUGCGGCUCUGAGGAGGUGGACGAGGCCAUGCAGAGCGCCCACAGCGCCUACCUGACGUGGAGCAAGAUGGCAGGCAUGGAGAGGGCUCGGGUGAUGCUGGAGGCCGCCCGCAUCAUCAGGGAAAGAAAGGAGAAGCUUGCAAAGCUGGAAGUCAUCAACAACGGCAAGUCCAUCACUGAAGCGCUGGCGGAUAUUGAUUCGGCCUGGCAGUGCAUUGAGUACUACGCUGGCCUGGCCGGUACGCUCGCAGGCCAGCACAUCCAGCUUCCCGGCGGAGCGUUUGCUUACACCAGGAGGGAGGCCCUCGGUGUGUGCGUGGGGAUCGGUGCAUGGAAUUACCCCUUCCAGAUCGCCACCUGCAAGUCUGCCCCUGCUCUGGCGUGUGGGAAUGCGAUGGUGUUUAAGCCCUCUCCAAUGACUCCUGUGACUGCCGUCAUCCUGGCUGAGAUUUACAAAGAGGCGGGGGCCCCCGACGGGCUCUUCUGUGUGGUGCAGGGUGGAGCAGAGACCGGCACUUUGCUCUGCCAUCACCCGAUGGUUGCCAAGGUCUCUUUCACCGGCAGUGUGCCAACAGGCAAAAAGGUCAUGGAAAUGUCUGCAAAGGGCGUGAAACAGGUGACUCUGGAGCUCGGAGGGAAAUCCCCCCUCCUUAUCUUCAAAGACUGUGACUUGGAGAACGCCGUGAGGGGAGCGCUCAUGGCCAACUUCCUGACACAGGGACAGGUUUGCUGCAACGGGACCAGAGUUUAUGUGCAAAAAGAGAUCCUGCCCCAGUUCUUGGAAGAGGUGGUGAAGAGGACGAAGGCCAUCCCCGUGGGUGACCCUCUGCUGGAGGGCACCCGAAUGGGAGCGUUGAUCAGCAAACCGCAACUGGAGAAAGUGUUGGGAUUUGUCAACCAGGCCAAGAAGCAGGGAGCCAGAGUGCUUUGUGGAGGAGAGCCUUUUGUCCCCAGUGACCCCAAAUUGAAAGCGGGCUACUUUAUGUCACCCUGUGUGCUUGAUAACUGCAGAGAUGACAUGACCUGCGUGAAGGAGGAGAUCUUCGGCCCAGUCAUGUCUGUGCUGCCUUUCGACACAGAGGAAGAGGCGGUCCAGAGGGCCAACAACACCACCUUUGGAUUGGCCUCUGGAGUCUUCACCAGGGACAUUUCUCGAGCCCAUCGUGUGGCUGCAAACCUGGAGGCAGGGAACUGCUUCAUCAACAACUACAACAUCAGCCCUGUGGAAGUGCCGUUUGGAGGAUACAAGAACUCAGGCUUUGGCAGAGAGAACGGCCAGGUGACAAUCGAGUACUACUCCCAGCUGAAGACGGUGGUUGUGGAAAUGGGCGACGUCGACAGCCUCUUCUAAACUCGCCAAGUUAACACGGCUGUGAACUGUGAACAGACGUCUCCCUUCAGUCGCCUGCUCGCUACCAGACCUGAGUACAGUUAGCUCUCUAUUCUCUGCACUGUGUCUGCGUCACACCUGCGCACUCUGAGAGGCAGUCAGCUUCUCACCUGCUCACAACUCUACACUUUCUUUACCCAACAAGUGAACCCACUUGAGCAAGUACAUCAUUACAAACCCUGCUUAUUACAUUUUGUUUGUGUGUGUGUGUGUCUCUUAAUUAGAGAUUCAGUGAGUGAACUGUGAAUCAGCAUUAGAAGAAAAUAACUAACACAGUUUGGUGUCAGAUUUUUGUACUGAAAGCUUUACUGUUGACAGCUAACACCUUUCUAUUGAAAUAAAGUGCUUUAGUUUCUGG